AUGGAAACUUAUAAGGAAUGUCAAAAAGGAGGAAAGAUAAAUACUCUCCAUUUAUUUAUUAAAAUUUUUGUGUUUUCAAUACUAAUUGUUAUACUGCAGCGCUCUAAUGAUAGUUACGCAAUGAAUAAAUUUGAGGAUGAGGAAAGUGCCAUAGAAAAAAUAUUAGACCUAAGAGAUAAAAGAACAUUAACAGAAAUUGGAAUUGAGUUUUUACAAGGAUAUAACGAAUUGAGAGCAUUAGGAAGUUCAUUAGACUUAAGCAAGAAUGAAAUGUUAACACAUUUAGGAACGGAUGCCCUUCAAGGAUAUAAUGAAGAUAUUACACUAGGAAAAACGUUUGAUUCAAAAGACAAAAAUAUAUUUUCCGAUAUUGGAGAAAACUGCUCAUCAGGACGUAGUAAAAAUAUGUUAGAACAAUUAGGCGAAGAUACUUUAAAUAUAAAAGAUAAAAUAGUUAUUUCAACUGUUGGAGAAAAAUUAGUUGAAGGAUAUAAUGAUGAUAAAGUGUUAGGAGAUGUUAUCGAUUUAAAAAAUAGAAGUUUUUAUGCAGAAAUUGGGGAGAAACUAUCAAAAUCUUAUGAUAAGGAUAAUCCAUUUGGAGAUUCGUUUAACAUGAAGGAAAAAAACUUAUUCUCAGGAAUUGGAGUAGACUUAACCGUUGAAGAUGAAAAAGAAGACAAUAAAGCUUCUGGGGAAAAUAAAUUAAAUGUAAAUGAUAAAAAAUUAAAUAUUUCGCAUGAAGGUAGUAGAGAUUAUACAUCAAAAUCAAGAGAUCAUAAACAAAAGUUUUCAGAUGUUAUGAAAAAUGCAAAAAAAAAUCCAGAUUAUUUUAGACGUAUUAUUAAGGAAUACUACGAAUCAACAGACGAAGAUAAAUCAUCAUCUACAGAUACAGAAAACACACAGCGUGUACAUAUUAAAUUUAAAAAUAAAAAAGGAGUAUUUGAUUUGAAAAAAGAAAAGAAAAGAUCAAACCUUUUUAAAUUUAUGUAUAAGAGGAUUAAGAAAAAAAACAAAUGCAGAUAUAUUUUGUCAAAGGUAGUGGCAACAUUUGCUAUAAUAAUUUUAUCACCAGUUAUUUUAUUAAUAUCAUUAUAUGUAGGCAUAUAUGUAUCAUUUUCUAAAUAUUUAGGUGAAUAUAUAUUUAUAUAUAAGGGAAAAAUAUAG